UCCAAGAUGGCGCCGUGCGGACGUGUCCGGAGCCACUGGCCGGGCCCGCUGGCGCUGCUGCUCCUCUCGCUCUCGCUCUCGGCCGCGGAGCCGGCCGCAGCGGGGGCCGGCCAGGGCGCGGCAGGCCAGGGCGGCCAGCAGCAGGUCCCGGCGGGCGGGCCGGGCCCCGGGGGGCGGGGGCCCCGCGGCGGCGGCUCCAGCGGCGGGUGGAAGCUGGCGGACGAGCCCGCCUGCCGCGAGGACGUGACUCGGGUCUGCCCCAAGCACAGCUGGGCCAACAACCUGGCCGUGCUGGAGUGUCUGCAGGACGUGAGAGAGCCGGACAAUGAAAUCUCUUCAGACUGCAACCAUCUGUUGUGGAACUACAAGUUGAACCUGACUACAGACCUGAAGUUUGAAUCCGUGGCCAGAGAGGUCUGUAAGUCCACCAUUGCAGAGAUCAAAGAAUGUGCAGAUGAGUUAGCUGGGAAAGGCUACUUGGUGUCCUGUUUGGUGGACCAUAGAGGUAACAUCACUGAAUACCAGUGUCACCAGUAUAUCACCAAAAUGACAGCCAUCAUCUUCAGUGAUUACCGUCUGAUCUGUGGCUUCAUGGAUGAUUGCAAGAAUGAUAUUAAUGUCCUCAAAUGUGGCAGCAUUCGACCUGGAGAAAAGGAUGCGCACUCACAAGGAGAGGUGGUGGCCUGCCUGGAGAAAGGGCUAGUAAAGGAGGCAGAGGAGAAUGAUCCCAGAAUUAAGGUUUCUGAUGAGUGUAAGAAAGCAAUUCUUCGUGUGGCUGAACUCUCCUCUGAUGACUUCCACUUGGACCGACACCUGUACUUCGCAUGCCGCGAUGACCGGGAACGCUUCUGUGAAAAUACUCAGGCUGGAGAAGGCCGGGUUUACAAGUGCCUUUUUAACCACAAGUUUGAAGAAUCUAUGAGUGAAAAGUGUCGUGAUGCACUGACAACCCGUCAAAAGCUGAUUGCUCAGGACUAUAAAGUCAGUUAUUCACUGGCAAAAUCCUGUAAAAGUGACCUGAAGAAGUACCGCUGCAAUGUGGAGAACCUUCCCCGGUCCCGGGAAGCCAGGCUUUCCUACCUGCUGAUGUGUCUAGAGUCUGCAGUGCACAGAGGUCGCCAGGUGAGCAGUGAGUGCCAGGGUGAAAUGUUGGAUUACCGGCGCAUGCUAAUGGAAGACUUCUCGCUGAGCCCAGAAAUCAUUCUGAGCUGCCGAGGGGAGAUUGAACACCACUGCUCAGGGCUGCAUCGGAAAGGGCGUACUUUGCAUUGCCUGAUGAAAGUUGUACGUGGGGAGAAGGGAAACGUUGGACUGAACUGCCAGCAAGCGCUUCAAACUCUGAUUCAAGAGACUGACCCUGGUGCAGAUUACCGCAUUGACAGAGCUUUGAAUGAGGCUUGUGAAUCAGUAAUACAGACGGCUUGCAAACACAUACGAUCUGGAGAUCCAAUGAUUCUGUCAUGCCUUAUGGAGCACUUGUACACUGAGAAGAUGGUAGAGGACUGUGAACACAGGCUCCUGGAGCUCCAGUACUUUAUUUCUCGUGAUUGGAAAUUGGAUCCAGUCCUUUAUCGCAAGUGCCAGGGAGAUGCUUCUCGACUCUGUCAUACCCAUGGCUGGAAUGAGACUACGAGUGACCUGAUGCCUACAGGGGCUGUCUUUUCCUGUUUGUACAGACAUGCCUACCGCACGGAGGAGCAGGGAAGGAGGCUGUCACGAGAGUGCAGAGCAGAAGUACAACGAAUCCUUCACCAGCGUGCAAUGGAUGUGAAGCUGGAUCCAGCCCUCCAGGACAAGUGCAUGAUCGACCUGGGAAAAUGGUGCAGUGAAAAAACAGAGACAGGGCAGGAACUUGAAUGCCUCCAGGACCAUCUUGAUGACUUAGUGGUUGAUUGCAGAGACAUAGUUGGAAAUCUUACUGAGUUGGAGUCUGAGGAUAUUCAGAUUGAAGCCUUGCUGAUGAGAGCGUGUGAGCCCGUCAUUCAGACGUUCUGUCAUGAGAUGGCAGAUAACCAGAUAGACUCUGGGGACUUGAUGGAAUGUUUGAUUCAGAACAAGCACCAGAAGGAGAUGAAUGAGAAGUGUGCCAUUGGAGUCACUCACUUCCAGCUGGUUCAAAUGAAGGAUUUCAGAUUCUCAUACAAAUUUAAAAUGGCUUGCAAGGAGGAUGUGCUGAAACUUUGCCCCAACAUCAAAAAAAAGGUGGAUGUGGUGAUCUGUCUAAGCACUACGGUACGCAAUGACACACUGCAGGAUGCCAGGGAGCAGCGAGUGUCUCUGAAGUGCCGCAAACAGCUGCGCGUCGAGGAGCUAGAGAUGACGGAGGAUAUUCGACUGGAACCAGAGCUGUAUGAGGCUUGUAAGAGUGACAUCAAGAACAAUUGCCCAAAUGUGCCCUAUGGCAAUGCACAGAUUAUUGAGUGUUUGAAGGAAAACAAGAAGCGUCUGAGCAACCGGUGUCACCAGAAAGUGUUUAAACUGCAGGAGAAUGAGAUGAUGGAUCCAGAACUAGACUACACACUCAUGAGGGUCUGCAAGCAAAUGAUCAAGAGGUUCUGCUCUGAAGCAGAUUCGAAGAACAUGUUGCAGUGUCUGAAACAGAAUAAGAACAGUGAGGUGAUGGACCCUAAAUGUAAACAAAUGAUCACCAAGCGACAGAUCACACAGAACACGGAUUACCGCUUGAAUCCAGUGCUCAGAAAGGCCUGCAAACAAGACAUCCCCAAAUUUUGCCAAAAUAUUCUGAGUACGGCUAAGGAUGAUGCAGAGUUGGAGGGUCAGGUCGUCUCCUGCCUCAAGUUGAAAUAUGCAGACCAGCGUCUGUCUCCAGACUGCGAGGAUCAGAUCCGAGUGAUAAUCCAGGAAUCUGCUCUUGAUUACCGGCUAGAUCCCCAGCUGCAAAUGCACUGUUCUGAUGAGAUCUCCAGAUUGUGUGCAGAGGAAGCAGCAGCGCAGGAACAGACUGGGCAGGUGGAGGAGUGCCUGAAAGUUAACCUGCUCAAAAUUAAACCUGAGAUGUGUAAAAAGGAGGUGCUCAACAUGCUGAAGGAGAGCAAAGCAGACAUAUUUGUAGAUCCAGUGCUUCACACAGCCUGUGCCCUAGACAUCAAACACCACUGUGCAGCCAUCCCACCCGGAAGAGGACGUCAGAUGUCUUGCCUAAUGGAAGCUUUGGAAGACAAGCGUGUGAGGUUACAGCCUGAAUGUAAGAAACGCCUUAAUGAUCGGAUUGAAAUGUGGAGCUAUGCUGCGAAGGUUGCCCCAGCAGAAGGCUUUUCUGACCUUGCUAUGCAAGUGAUGACUUCUCCGUCCAAGAACUACAUCUUGUCUGUUAUCACAGUCGGCAUCUGUGUACUCUUCCUGAUUGGCCUCCUGUGUGGACGCAUCACCAAGCGGGUGACACGAGAGCUCAAGGACAGGCCACUCUCUGGUUGGGACCUGGGAUACACAGGUUGAGUGUGUGGUUCAAAUGUGGCAGUGUUGCACGAGAGUCGGCAUGUACAGUAAGAUAUAGAUAAAUAUAUUUUAUUAACCUGUUAGAUGUGUUCUCCUAUGCGUGCUGGAAUAUAAAUCAUGUGCCUAACACUGUCCAACUAGGCUCAUGCUUGAUCGAUAACUUUCUUUUCCUGCUCCCUGUUGUUGCACCGCUAAGUAAUUUCUGAAAUUUCCAGUGUUAUGUAUCGAUCUGAUACAAGGUGGAGGCAUUUCUGAAUGUGGACCAGCUGAUUCUAAUCAUGCUAUGUAAACAGACUGAUCUCUAAAAAUACUGUGAUUGCUUUUGCAAAAUGCUAGAGAGGGGUACAAAGUUAGGUUUUUGGUAACAUAUCUCUUCACCAUACCACUUUGAAGAUAGAAAAUAAACUAUUUUGAGACCCAGUCUUAGUAGUAUGGUGAUGACAGACAAUGGUUGGUGUCUGGAGUCGAACUAUGAGAGGCAAGGGACUGUACACACUGGUCAGGAGAUGAUGGGAGAACCUGGGCGGUGGAGUAGGUUCCGUAGAAGAGAUCUGAUGUGCUGUAGGGUUCCAAAUGGGUGACAUGUAAGUCAUCCAUGGAACAGAAACGGAGCCUAAAUUCCUUCCCCCACCUUCCUUGCCCAAUGCUACUUGUGUAGUUUCCCUGAUUCUGCAGGAGUGAAUGAAGCUGAGGGCCAGGAAGGCGAUGGCAGAUCCCGUCAUUUGCUUGAAGUGUAAAAGGGUGACACACAAGUGUGCGUGUGGCAGUUGCAAAAGCGCAUGGUUUCACCUCUCACUCAAAGUGUCAUUGCAACACUUUGUAACUGUCGGGGCAGCAGGUCAGACAGAUGGGGUGGAUUCAAAGUGCAGGAGGAGAGGGAACAAGAUUGUACAUUCUCCCCAGUGCACAGUCUUGCUUCUUUGGCAAUCCUAGCACUGCUUACGUUUUGCUAAGGCAAAAUUGAAUUGCCAUCCAGAGACUUUGUAUUUGUGAGGGAGCAUUUGCUACCUGUUUAACUUGAAGAACCCAACUGAGGAGGUGUAAAAUACAUUGACUAGCAUCUUCUGGUGAAUCCCAAAUGUAAUUAGUGAAAUACUGUAGAUGCUUUGUCAGCCGUGGUUCUGGCUGUGAAUCUUGGUGAGGGAAGACGGGAAAUGCUGUUUGACUUUCCAACUGAAGUUCUGUAUCCGAGUAGGUUAGGACAUGGGAAGACUUGAUUUCCUGCGUUUUCCAUUGCAGUAGACAGGAGAGGAAUGUUAAAGGCAAAAGACUAGUCAGCUGUGUAGUGUAGAUGGUAAGAACAGAGCGGACAUUGUUCUGUGGAAUGCAGGGUCUCUUCUAGCCACUCUCUGUAUGUGUGUGUGCUCAAUUUGAAUGCAGUAUUGUCUUGUUACUUUAACCAACUGCAGUUAUCGGCCCUGCAACUGUGUAUUGCUGAGACCUUCCUCGUACCCAGGUGCGUCUCUUGCUAACUAGAUUGUACAUUGGUAUGAAGCCUUCACUAAGCAAACCCCAAGCAGCAACUGCACUUUCUGGAUAUUGCAUUGAGCAUCUACCUGGUGUUUGCCUUCAAAAUUUCAUCCUGGGACUUAGUUUCAGAUGUAAGUGGACAAUGGAGCUGCUGUCAGUGGGGGAAGUAGGGGAAGCAGUUUAAUGAAGCAGGAAGGUGUGACAUGACAUAUGUUUCUGGGUGGUUCCCUUCUGUAAUGGCAUGGUCAGAAGUGCAAUAAUGCACAGGCCCAAGAGUCCUGUUGGAACUACAAAAGGGGAUAAAAUAAAAUCAAGAGAGACCCAUUUCUUGCAGGGAACUGACAUGGUUAGGACUGGGCAAAGAGAACUUUGUCACUGGCUUCCACAGUUUUAGCCAUUUCACGAUCAUUAAGAUUUACACCCAAUUCACCACCUUACAAAUGGGCCCCCCUAACAUAUUGCCAUGCCAAACACAAUGACUCUGGCAUAGGAGCAUCUUUUUAGGGAGACUAGAAAUAUUCCAAUACAGUGUGUUAGAAAUGCCAUCCUAGCCAUCAUAGCAUGUAAGGGCCUGUGCAGAACAGUGGGAACUGCUGCCUUCUUGAAUUUAGGGAGACUUUUUACUUUGAUUUAAUGAGAACAUUAGAAAUACUUGGGAAUCAACCAUUUCAGAGGGGACUUGGUGGAAGGUGGCUUCUAGAUCUGAGGCCUCCUUGUCACUUCCCUACUCUUAGCCCUAAUGUUCAUCAUUCCCCUCCUCCAUUGACUUAACCGUCACCCUUCAGUUCAGGGAGGCUGCUAUCCAUUCCAUGGAGUAUACUGUAAAUGUCCGUCUUUCCCGUGGCUAAGCAUUCCUUCUUGGGGGCUUGUUCUAGAUAUUGUAGAGCUGAUGCUCCUGGGAAUGGCUUGACUGGAGUAUCCAAGGGGGGAAAUAACUCUUAGUAAGGAAUGGUGCUCCUCUACACCCUGCCUUCCUCUUCUGCUCAGAUGCCUAAUGGUACUUUCUGAGCUUACUCUCACUAGUCAAGAUCAUGUGUUUGGAUAACAUGGGAAGGAUUGUGCAUCCCAGGCCCGUGCAUCUCAGUACUUCACUCUAGCUA